UCCAUGCCUCUGCUGCAGUGGCUCUCCCUCCCCGCUCAUUCCUCCCUGUGCCGGCUAGGGAGACACAUACCGCCUGCUGCCUGCUGCCUUUCUGCCUGAGCUCCAGGCUCUGCUGUCCUCGCCGCUCCCUCCCCCCACAUGCAGCUCUCCGUAAGGGGCAACGCUGACAUCCCCCGACUGCCUCCACAGCUCCAUUGCUCUGCGGUGCAGAUGCUCGCUCUCUCUGAGUGAGUUUUUUUUCCCUCUCCUCUGCUUGCUCUAGCUCUCAGGCUGAGGGAUUCAGCCUGUGUCGGCGAGUGAGAGUGAGCGACUGAAGCAAAGAGAGAGAAAGAGAGCCUGGAUCAGGUGCAGGAGCCUUCCCUUCGUCUGUCUCUUUCUGUUACUCUCUCUUUCUGUCUCCAGCCUGGCCAGCCUGUCUCCAGCCUGGCACAUACAGAAGGGUAGACAGGACUCAUAAUCCAGGAAUAAGCCAUCAAUUCACUCUUCUUCUCUGGGACUCACCGCAAAGGAGGGAGAAGAGGAGGGAGACAAUCACAGCAGGACUUUGCAGACUGACAAGUCUUGCGUUUUUAUUUCUUUGCUCGCUCUGCGUCCCACCUCACCCUGCCCCUCCCCUCUAUCCCACCCGCACCCCUACUUGCUCCAGCCAACACACACACACCCAGAGUGUGUAUCCAGGGGAGGACUGACAGACAUACAGAUAAACAGACGGACUGACAGAUUGCCAGACGGACCCAGUAGGAUAUGGAGUCCAAAGGAAGCGGCAGGUUCACUAUGUCCAGGUGUUUGCGCUCAGGAGACACCGUCCAUGCAAGUGUUGUCGUCACACUUCUGCUCGGGGUAUGGUGUGCUUCAGCGCUGGAGGUGUCAGUGGGGAAGGUGCCCUUCAUGGAAGCGAUGAACGGCAGCACGGUGCUGUUACCCUGCAUCUACUCCAGCUGCAUCGGCAUCAAGAACCUCUACUUCAACUGGCACUACAACGACAACGGCACCAUGGCGAAGCUGUGUGAGGCGGUGAUCCCUAUAGAAGGUGUGGAACCACGGGUGCAGGUGUACCAGGAGCGGAUAGAGUUUGUGGGCAGCAGCAAGCACAACAACAUCUCCAUCCUGCUGUUCAACGUGACCUUCGAGGACGAGGGAGAGUACACCUGUUUCGCCCGGAACCCCAAGGAGAAGAACCGCAACCAUAGCGCCGUCUUCACCCUGUUCGUGGUGGAUGAACUGAAAGUGGUUGACAAUACCGUAACCACCAUCAUCGUGUCUGUCGUUGGCGGAGUCAUCGGGUUGAUCAUUGUUGUCAUGGUGACAAAGACUGUGGUGCUCCUCAUCCUGAAAAAGUCUGCAGAGAAGAACGCUGGGAUUCGAACCGACAGCUCUUCGGCUACCGCCUCCCCCCUUUGAAACUGUCAUGGAACAUUGUAAAGAGUGCCUUGUGAGCUCAGGACAGGACAACACAGAAAAUGGACUCAGCGCAGCCAAAGCGGACAACAAAGCCACACCAAAGGCAUGAAACAUGUGCACCUAUGUAUAUGUACAUAUAUGUCUGUACAUGUAUAUAUGUACACAUGAAAAUAUAGGCAUAGAAAGAAAGCUAUUAUCAAUGAACUGUUUUAUCUUUAUCUAAUGACAAAAGUAUAACAUAAACCUAUGUGAAAUAGUAUGUCAAAUGUAUAUUUUAAAUUGUGCUAGAGAUUUUGGGGAACAUGAUAACUAAUCAGGGCUGGAUAAGACACUCCAAUGACACACCCUAAAGAUUGUGUAUCCGAUUCAGAGUUUAUUGAGGUAUUUAUCUGAAUCGCGUGAAAGCCUACUUUCCGAACAUUUCUGGAAUCAACAUCAAUGUCUCACCAGUUACUCAUUCAUGUACACUAUACUAUGUAAAAACAUCUGGUUGACGUUUAUUGGGAUGAAUCUUGUCCUGGGGGCAGAGCUGAGCGGUUUCCGCUAGAUUUAAGAUUAGGGUUAGGCAUAAGGUUAACAGUGUGGUUAAGGUUAGGGUUAAGGUUACGGUUUAAAACAGAGGAGGCUGCCGGGUGGAGCUAGAGGAGGAUGGACUCAUUGUAAUGCCUGGAAUGGAAUGGAGUCAAACGUGGUUUCCAUAUGUUUAAUGUGUUUGACACCUUUCCAUCAUUCCAUUCCAGUCAUUACAAUGAGCCUGUCCUCCUAUAGCUCCUCCCACCAGCCUCCUCUGGUUUAUAAUCAGAUUUUUACUUUGUGGCUAAACCAGCUAGUGACCACCCUGCAGAGCUGCCUCCAGGACAAGAUUCGUCCCAAUAAACACACACAGUAACUCACACACUGCCAAGUUCUCCGAACUGCCAUAUUGUAUACUCUACGACAGCACAAUAUAUUCUGACCAUCUCUGCAGCUCUUUUGAUUACGAGACAUAUUUAUUUAAGCCUACUGCCCGAUAGAGAUUCUUUGUACUCUCUGUGCACCUUGUACAGGGGGCAAACAGCUUCCCUCCUUUAACCAUAGUGAACCUUCACAGUCCAUUUUUGACAGAAAGGCAAUGCCUUGAAAGCUGAUCCGGAACUAAUUCCAAACAGUAUCAAUUGUGUCUAUUCAAUAGGAUAUACAGUAACCAAAAGAUCUUCACCACUAUGAUGAACGACUGCUACGGUUAUUACUAAGGUCAAGACUCUUCAUUAGAUCUGCAUACAGAGUACAAAUACUGUCCUUUGGACGGCAACGCAGUGGGCUGGGUUAUGAGCACAAUGUCACUGCGGAGGAAAGGAAUGUGAUAAAGCAGAAGAGGAAGAAGGGAGUCAUUGGAGUGUAUAUUAGAUCCAGGCCGGAACUGGUUUGAUUCAUUUUUGCAUUAGAUGAAACACAGGUGCCUGUACUCACUUCCUGCUCCCUUCGCUUUUAGGGAGCCUUAAAACCGCCAUGAAAAACACACAUAAAAAAAAAGAUUUAAAAAACACAGAAAAUAUCAAAAAAGAUCCAGACCUAAAGUAAAAGACAAUUCCCGCGUAACCCAUUUCCCUGUAGAAAUGAAUGAACAUUUAUGAUGCUGCUUCUAACAAAUAACCAAUGCAUUUUUCUUAGCAUGUGAAUGUUGUUUAUAUAUAUGCGACACGUCCAUACCACAGGAAAGACUGCUCUCUAGUGUUCUGUCAUCACCUGGCCUGCAUGCAUAGUGGAUCUGCAGGCUACUUGCAGUUUCUUCACAUCCACUUCAUUCGAUGCAAACCCCCAUAGCACUAACAUGUUAAUGUGGCGACUAGCCUAUAACAGGAUAAUGCCCUCCAUCUUCAAUACUGCAAAACAUUGCACCAUUGACUCGGAUGCCAACUACCAAGCUGGCUCAUCAUCGCUACCCCCUUGACCUUGUGUAGCCUACACUGUCCCGUAUUCAAAUCAAUUGCCAUAUGAACCAAAUGGCCCACUACUGGUAUGCAUGAGUUUGAGCUGCAGAAUGUAGCUACUACAAAGGUUCGUUGUUCGUAAUCAAGGCGUUCCUUUAUGACUCCGGCCCCUCAAGACUGAAUGUCAUAUUGCCUCGAUGGGAAACGUGCCAUUCUCAAAGCGAGCAUCUCAAACCAGGCCACAAGCCAUAACUCAUCUAUUUACAUGUAUUUAUCUCAUUUUCAACCUGUUUCUAAAGCAAAUGGGUUACUUGAAGUGAUGACCACACCUUAUACGUUUAGGUGUGUGUAAAGCAUCAUUGUAGUUGCAGAGCUAAGACCCAUACAUGAAUGUCCACUUCGUAGGUUUUACUCAUCUGAGAUGGAAAUGUAGUAGGCCCCUCCAUCUCCGUCUCCUCGUCCUGAGACAGUAAAAUGUACAGGGCUUCAGGGAGAGAGUGGUGCUGUAGACUUAGGAAGGGUGUUAAUAGGAACCGUACUCGUGUAGAGUAUCCUUAUGAACAUCCAGACUGUGGUUGAUAUGAGGAGUAGAGAGCGAUGUGCUUGUAGACUUUGCCCCGGUUGAUUAUAUAUUUUUUUAUUUAUUUUAUUUUACCUUUAUUUAACCAGGCAAGUCAGUUAAGAACAAAUUCUUAUUUUCAAUGACGGCCUAGGAACAGUGGGUUAACUGCCUGUUCAGGGGCAGAACAACAGAUUUGUAUCCGUAUUGUGUGUGGCGAUAGAUAGAUAACAAGUUAGAUCUGGACAAGUAGUCUGUCUGUCUAGGGAUAAUCCCUUCUAGACCAACCUCCUUCUAUUCCCUCACCAUGUUGAGAUUAGCAUCUUUGGAAAGGUCUCCCUCAUCACUUGACCUGCAGUACCUUUUUUUUAUUACCAGGGGCCCCGGUGACAUGGAGAGCCAGGGAAUGCUUUUAGACCGAGCGCUGCCAUACCCACAUCCAUCCCAUGGUUGUGAUUUGAAUCCUAUAGGGUCAUUUAGUGGAUGUAGUCGUGGCACUGGACUUACGUUUGCCAUGUAAUGUCUUAGCUUUAGAGAGCAUAAGGUGACACACAUGAUAUUGUGGCAUCGUUCCAGCAGGUUCUUGCAGAAUCACCUUUACCGUCACUGCCGUUUCUGUAUUCUACUCAUACAUGACCUGUGUUUAACGGAAGCAAUACGACUGGCAACUUUCAUGUGCUGUUGUGGUGGUAAAACAGGUGCAAUAGCCAACCCAUGAAACUAGAUACUGGGUACGGAGGUGUGCUACCUGCUUUAUGCACUGAUGUCCCAUCUGUUUGCAUUGAUGUGGUCCAUGGUGGCACUCCUGUCCAUUGUAUUACCCCGUUGAAAACCAGUGACACACACACACACACACACACACACACACACACACACACACACACACACACACACACACACACACACACACACACACACUCUCUCUCUAUUGGUUCCAUGUAGUCAGUGAACCGUUACUCCUUUGACAUUGGGGAAAAGCACACAAAGCCUGCCUCUGGGAGAAAAGCAAUACUAUUCAGUUGAUCCUUGUCUGUCAGUGUAUAAUCAAGCCCUCCGUUGAGGUAUUCGGAAGGAUCAUGUCGAUGAAGAAAAUGAUUCAUAAGGCUAGUUAUUGUAUCCGUAUCUUGUUGUUUGCAGAUUCAUUGUCCCUUCUGUAACUUUAAUCAGAUCUGACAAUGUACAAAAAAAUACCAUUAGUAUUUAUUGCGUGUUAAAGUACAGAGUUGUCCUUCACUGUUCACUCCUUCAGUAUCUCUAGGAGAACAGUAUCUGUUCAAGCCCUUCAGUAUGAACAGUUCCACAAGCUCUGAGCUCAACUAGCCAAGUCUGAACUAAGAUCAACCAGCCCUGAGCUCUACUACCCAUGUCUGAACUAAGAUCAACCAGCCCUGAGCUCGACUACCCAUGUCUGAGCUGAGAUCCACAAGCUCUGAGUUCAACUGGCCAUGUCUGAGCUGAGAUCCACAAGCUCUGAGCCUGCUUGUGCACGUCUGAGCUGCGGGGUGCAGCAGUGAGCAUGCCCAGUGUAGUGAUCCUCUAGAGGCAGUCGCAUAGCCGCAGUGAUGCAUUGUGGGCCACAUGUUAUGAUGGACUAAAAGCUGCAAUCAGCUCAAGCCUGCGUCGCCGCGGCAGAUCCACACGACUCACCCUGUGAACCAACGUCUCAGGCAACACAGACUAACAGCAUGGCUGGUAGUAUUACUAGGCACCAUUUGAUACAAUCUUAUCACACUUGCAGAACCAUGAAAUGAAACAAAUGUCAUGUGUCUGUUGGUUUUGAUACCUUGUGCACAUUAUGACAGUACACAGAAAUACAGCAAGCCUUCAAUGAUGAUUCACUAUUUUACGACUACAGCAAAAACCCAGAAAAUGAUACAGAGCUAUAUCACACGUUCAGUGUUAUCAAAAUACUUAUCUAGCAUGGGAAAUCCAAUCAACGCUAAUACAUGCCAUGAAUUCUCUGCAGCUCAAAUAAGAAUACUCCAAUUUGCUAAUAAUGCAUUGUACAUUGCCACAAGGUAUAUGUGUUCACUAUAAAGAUCUACAAUGAAAGUCGGGACACAAAUAUAAAUAUAUCCAGUCCUAACAUUGUCUGCUUCUUAUAUAAUACAUGUAUUAAUCAUCUGAUUUGAUACUAAUAUGGGUUUCCUGGGGCCCACUGCCAGAGCGACUCCUACUCACACUGCCAAGCCAAGAGUUUGUGAAGUCUGCUCUCUGCUUCCCACAUUCCAGUGCAGAGAACACCUCCUGCUCCAACCUGCAGUAUACUGUACAGUACAAGUCCUCUGGCCAAACUGCGUUUUAAAACUCCUUUUCUAAGUUUUAGCCCACCAAGGCCAAGCAAACAAAUAAGCAAAAUAAAGUUGUAUCUAUUUUCAUCCUUAUCACAAUGGGUGUGCAUUUGUAGCCAACUGAAGCUACCCACAGCACAGUCUAAUCUAUAGUCAAAUAGAUAGGAAUUUACUCUGAGCUCAUAAGGUAGCCAGGUAGCCUGUUAGGAUCCCUACACACACACACAGGUUUACACAUUUUUCACCCAUGAUCCUCUACUCCACGGAGCUGUUCAGGGUUCUGAGGGGCUGUUUUCGCUCCCUCACUGGCCUCAACCACAGGGUGACUGUCUGUGGGUAGCAGUCCCUAGACGGCCAGGCUCGAAUGGACUCAAGUCGCAGUAUCAUCCUGAUGUCGAAGUACAGCGCAUUUGCUCUUUGUUAUUGGGGUUUAACGAGUGCUGUACUUCCACAAUGUCUUGCUAAAUUGUAACGACCACUGUCAAGCCCAAGCUGAGCAUGAGGGCUAAUGUGGCUCGUGCAGAGGAAAACAGCUCGCCCUCUCACCCACCAAAACACACACCCGCUUACUGUGAGGCAGUCACUGACUGACCUGACUCAACCCCCUCAGUCUCAAAGAGGUGAUGCUUCCUUUAAGAACUAUAAAGUAAAUGUGCAACACACCCCUCCUUCUCCUGUUUCUGUAAUAGUGUCUAACGUUCUCCCCUCUCAUUAACUAUGCACCCCAAUUGUUUUUUUUUCCCUCUGGAAUUGUAGAGAAGAAAAAAAAAGUAUAUAUAUACAGGAAAUAAAGGUUUGCAUAAAAGGA